GAAUUUUCUUUGACUGACAAAACAAAACAACGAGUGCUACUCUUCAUGGCGUUGACUGCUGCACUGUGAAACUUACAUCGUUCACAAAAGAAUACAAAGAAAUAUAUGUUUGCGUUCACUUUUUAAAAUUUUUGAGAGUGGAGGUUCCUGAUAUUUAGUCAGGAUGCGGGCUCCAGAGCUUACCGCGUCAGUAUUAGAAGCUGAUAUUUUCCAUGUUUAACAUGAGCAAGAUGACAGAUUAACGAAACAGCGUAACACAAUGGAAGAGGAAGCUGAGGCGCAAGAGGCGGAACAGCCUCCUGCCACGGAGGAGAAUGAGACCGUACAGGGCUCCCCGGAAGAAGAGGAGGAGAUAGAGGUGAUAGGAUCUCUUAUCUUGGAGGAAGAUGGACCGACAACCAGGAAAAUACAGACAGAAUUCACGCUUCCGUGUAAAGGACCUGCGACGGCGGCGGCGGUUGCGGCGAAAGGAGGCGUACUGGCGCCUCCUGGUCCCGUUUACCAGCCGUGUGGGGAUAUGCCGCUGCCACCGGGCGCCGACCCCGGCCAGUGGGGGUUUCCCGAGUUCUGCCCGAGGAAGAUGUUGCGCUACGCCGAGGCGGCGGCAGCUGUGGCCGCAGCUGCCGCAGCUGCCGAAGCGGCCGAUACCGAGACUGCGCUGCCGGGGGACGCUGUAGACACGCUCAUCGAAGAAGCAAGAGAGGAGACCACGGGCGAAGAGGAACCUUUCGCCGAACAGCAGGCAGACGAUACGCAAGCUAUACUGUCCGUACUCUCCGAAGACGCGGCGAUCGUCGCGUUAGGUGAAGAAGUCGUAGAGCUGGAAAAGUCCUCGUCUGACGUCUUUAUGGACGCGAUAGGUAUGGAGGAGCACGAGGAGUGGUGGUCGGACGAAGAUAUCAUCGGUUCGUCCGACGCGUUGGACGGUGUAAAGGUAGAUAUCGAGGUCGAGGUCCCGUCUGCAGCGUUCGCUGACGCGGGUUCUGUUGGAUUUCAGGCUCCAGCUGCUGCGGAGGAAGGCGGGCGUCCCCAAGAGGAAGCGGCCAGUGAGCAGCAGCCGGCGGAGGAGGGUGUGGGCGGCGCCCCACAGCCGCAACAAAUGGACGCGACAGAAGCGAUGGCGCCAGACUUGUGGAAGAUCGAGCAGGAAAUAGCCGUGGUCAGGUCGAAGCUGAGCGAGAUGCAGCAGAAGAUCACAGCGCUGGACAUUGCGGAUCUCUCUGGCGGCGGCAGGCCCCGCAAGAAGUGCGUCUGCGACCCCCUGAAGAAAGCUGCAGACAGAGGCCUUUCUGCUCCACCAUUCCCCGCCACCAGCGCGCCACCUGCCGCCGCAACGGAAACUGGCGAGAAGUACGUCUUUCACAGCGCACCUUGCCUCCAGCAGUACAACCAACGGCGCUCGUUCACCAACGUAACGCACGAAUUGAGACCGUUCCCACAACAGUUCCCGCAGACAGGCGGCGGCGUGGAUAUAUACAUAGCCUCUCGGAGCGGGAACACGAGUGCAGUGACGAGUAUCAACCCAGCGAAUUUCCAACAGUACGCUGAGAAACCCGUGCUGAAAGCCUUCGGAAGUCCAGAUGUCGACGUUUACGUAGUCACCGACAAGAUUCCCGCACCAGGAUAUUCAGGGCAGAGCUGAAUUGGAUCAGAGAGGACAGUUCACUCUCAGCAUUCUUGAAAGAAACGGUACCAAAUGUGUAAAUUUAAUAAUCAUACUGAAAUUAUCUAGAGAAGAGUAAAAUUAUUACUUUAAAAAUCA